AAAAAGAGAAGAAAAUGUUACUAUGUGGAUUAUGACUUAGCUUUAGAAAGAGUUUUUAGACAUAAAAAAUUGCCACAAAAAGUCAUCGUCGUCAGAUUCAGAAUUUAGGUUCCCCUUUCCUUUCUUUUUCCAUCAGCUCAAUUUCAGUAGUAGCUCUAUUGCCCCCAUUUUUUCUUCUCAAUUAGGGUUUCUCUGCCUCUGUUUCUGAUCCCCAAAAUUCCUAAUUACUCAUCCAUCGUCUAUCGAUUAAAUUCUUCUUUCCUUUGAAUUUACUUCAAUUUUUCUUUUUUACAAUUCAUUGGUGAAAGAGGAUUGGAACAGUCAUGUUCUAUGGAACGGCAGUGUGGGAUCCAUGGCUUAUUGUUGCACAGAUUGUGUGCUUUCAAUGUCUGUAUUAUUUGACGCUGGGUAUAUUCACGGCAAUUCUCGUUGGAACGCGUGUUUCUCGAAUGAGUCUUGUUUAUUUCUUUGAUUAUGCUACUGUUACUGCUUCCACUGUUACGGGGUGGUGUGUUAUUGCCUCCUUUAUUCUCACUUCACUUGCAGGAGCUGGCUAUUUACUUUAUUUGAUUGAGAGGUCUAAGAAGUGCUUGGAUUUUUCAGCAACAUUCUACAUCAUCCAUCUUUUAAUAUGUAUUAUCUAUGGAGGUUGGCCUUCGUCAAUAACAUGGUGGGUUGUGAAUGUUACCGGGCUUGCGGUGAUGGCGUUAUUAAGUGAAUACUUGUGCAUAAGACGUGAAUUACACGAAAUUCCAAUUUCAAGAUUCCGAUCAAGGUCAGUCAGUGAGGAGAAGGCAAACGAAGACCUGAAUGAACAAAUCCCUUUGUAUCGUUUGGACAAUACGGUUUGAAAGAUCUUUGAGGGUAGGGAGGAAACAUUGCUUUUGUAAAAAAUAGAUUUAUCCAGUAAUAUGUCUUUUUUGGUUUUGUCGCUGAUGCUGUGCUGGAACUCUCCUACAGAUAUAAGGGAUCUAAUUUCAGCAAGUAAUUUUUUGUACUAAGAGGGCGUUUGGAUUGACUUAUUUUUAAGUGUUUUUGGCUUUUAA